GAAUCGAACUGGUGACUUCCUGGUGCCUGGGACUGCGCUCAACCCGCUGAGCCACGCCGGCUGGGCCAAAAACAGUGUUUUUUAAUAUAAAUGAUCCUUAUAAACUCUCUCAAGGCAUACUGUUAUCAAAUUAACGUAUUCCUAUCUCCCACCCUCUGAAUUUAAUUUACAUACAUCUUUCCUGGCAUGUGGAAUUUCUACUCUCUUUCUCUUACUAGAAAUAAAUGACAUAAGAUUUAGGACUCUCUUCUUUCAUUAUGUCUUAUCUCCUCUCUGCUGUCUACCUCUGUUCCCACAAGCCCGUGUUUCAAGACAUCAUGUCCAUUUUAGAAGUUCUCUGCUGUUUCUGAAAGAGGCUCACAGGUGGCGAGUGGCCUGUGCUGCCUGAGUGUCAGCUCACAGGAGGCGUUUGCCUUCGGAGCCUGGCUGCCAGUGCCGGCUGGCCGGUGCCUCCGGAGGCGCUGGUCCCUGCUCUGCCCGCUUCUCCUUCCUCGCGAGUGGCUCCUUGCACUACCCUGUGCUGCUGCUUUCUUAUCUUGAUCUUUCAGUGUUGGGGUGGCCCCUCAGUCCUUAGACUUUUUAUUUACACUCACUUCUUGGGUCAUUUCAUUCCGUCCCGUGGCACAAGUACCGACACCAGGUUUACCUGCGCGCCCUGCACCUGGGCCCUGGUGUCCAGCUGCUUUCAUCUUCUCCGCUUGAUCCCGAUUCGGCAUCUCAGACGUGACCAAAAGCAAACUCCUGCACUCUGACCCCCAAAACCUGACCUCCCUGUCAUCUCUGUCACCUUCGUAAAUACUAACGCCGUCCUUCCAUUUGGAGGCAUAUUUGAGUCUUCUCUUCUGCAUUAGCUGUUGGCAAAUCCCACCUACCAGCAAGACCUUCAGAAAAGAUCCUGAAACCAAGCGCCUGUUGCUGCCUCUGCUGCUGCGGGCCGCCAGUGUCCCUCGGCUUCACCGCUGUAGUCUCCCCAGUGCUGCUCUCUUGUCCCCCAGUCAGUAAUGGCUUCCUUAGAACAGCUUCUUCAGAAGCAUCCUCUGUGAGCUCCUCUCCACCAGCCAGCAGCCAGCAACUGGGAUCGGGUCGCCGCUCUGCGCCUCACCGAGUCAGUGCCCACGUCCCGGCAGGCUUGCUUCUGGCGGCCCGUCUGCCCCCUCCUGACCCCUGCUCUGCCCCCACACCGGCUCCGCUGGUCCUGACACACGGCCUCGGCGGCGUCCGUCCGUGCCCUCUGCUUCGCGCUCCCCCAUCAGCCCCUGUGCCACCUGAAACAUCUCCUGCCACUUAGAAGUUGCUCUGUUUUCUCCAAGGUGCUGGCAUUUAUUUGUGAGUUUGUUAUUUCCUAGAGCUUUUUUCAUUAGAACAUAAGCACAGAUGAGGGCAGGAACCCUUUUUGCUCUCCGCCGUAUCCUCAGUGCCUGGAAUAGUGUCUGGAAUAGAGCAGGUGUCUCAUAAUUUCCCCGACAUUGUUAUAUUGGGAGAUCAGAACACACAAAGAUUUGUAGCUGUUAGGCCAUUUAAGGAAUGGUUGAAAUCUUUUUUUUCUGCCAGUUUUAGGAUAAAUUUGAGGUAAUUUUUACUUCUAAGUAUAGUCAGUGGCCAGUUAGCUUAGUCCUGUCAGCCAAGCCCGGCCCAGCCCAUGGUGGCAUUUCCAUGAGAGCCAGCUGUGUUCUAGGCCAGAGAGGUACACCCCUGCUUACUUUGGGGGGCACCCUCAUGGGAGCCAGGAAGCCUCUAGGUUUUGCUCGCCACCUGAUGUCUUCAGCCUGUCUCCCCAAGCCUGCCAUCGUAUCGACUGUGUUAGCUUCCGAAAUUCCAUCCCCACCUUUAGUACGUAAGUGCUCUUCCUCCCCACGUGAGAUCUUCUAGGAAGACCACGCCAGCAAGGACGGGCCCACACUCGGGCAGGGCAAACAAAGAACGGACAGCAUUUUUAUUAUAUAUACUCAGCCUGAGCUAAGAAAUUACAAAUAGCCCCCAAAUUUCUGAUAGCUUCACUAGAACUGCUUUCACAGGUAUUCACUUGUCUUUUGCCGUAAAUGAGCUGUCAUUAUCUGGACACGUGGAGAGUAUUGGAGCCUUUGCCAGAAUAUAUCCAGACAGGUGCAGUCUCAUACCUGAAGUUAUGGAUUUGUUCCACUUUGGAUCAUUAACCCACAUUUGGUUGAAAUUAUGUAUCAGUUAGAGAGGAUCUCAGUCUGUGUUCUACAAACUGGACUGAAGUGUGCUACGAGAAUGAUUUAUUGGUGAACUUUUCCUAAUCUUGGGAAAAAUUAUGUUGGUAGGUACAAUUUCCUCUGGUUAAAAUUUUUUACUCCAUAAUUUUCCUUAAAAUUUUGGCGUCUGCCCUUUGCCCUCACAGCUGAUCGGGGGAAUGGCUGAGAAGCUUAGAGCAGUGGCUCCCACACUGGCGCGUGCACCAGGCUCAGCUGGAGGCCUCCCUGGAACAUGCUGGGCCUCGCUCCAGGUUGCCGCUUUCUGUCUCUGACUGUGGCUCUGGGUUGGAACUUAAGGGUUUUCUGUGGAGAGAGGACUUGCUGUUUCUUUGUCUCUUCAUUCUUUCCAGCCCUGGCGGGUGGCUCGGUUGGUUGGAGUGUCGGCCCAUUUAUGAACCUUUUAGCUCGACUUACACUGAAAGCGUGACUCCAUAAUGGGGGGUGUCAUGGGCGUCCUUUCACUCGCACCAUUACCAGCAAACGUAGUCUGUUACACCCUCACUUCCAAACGUCCUUAUAAAUUACAGGGAUCCCUCACUGUCCAAAUCCUUCAGUUCCCAAAUUCAGCUCGUUAACAUCAUAUAGGGAGAGAGACUUCUAUAUGAGCAAAUAGAAUCUCCCAGUUUUUGUUGCCGUUGUAAAGGAACACGAAGGAGGACGUUUUAUGACGGGCUGUUCCUUGGUAAGGUACCCCUGAAUCCUUGAGUGUUGACUUUAAGCUAAAAGUUGUGAUAAAACUGUUGUAGACAAGAGUUAAUAAAUGUCUUUGUAGUUUACUCAUAGAGUUAAUAGAAUGUUACCAAAACAUGUGAUUUGAGCAGAUUAUUGAGCUAUACCUAGAUAUGAGCAUAACAGGAGCAAAGAUGAUUCUUAAUGGUAACUGAAUGAUAAGCAUUUACUGAGCGCUUACUGUGGACCAGUUGCUAUUCAAAGCUCAAGCAGUGAGCAAGUCCCUCUUCAGGGCCUGGGGACGCUGCAGACCUCAGCGUGAUAGGGACGGCCGGGGCUCCGAGGUAGUCUAAAGAGUGGAAACAUUAAUUACUAAAUUACUUUUAAUACUCUGUAUCUUUCUCAGGGGUCUGUGUAGCAUGGUCUUUAUGUAUUUACCUCCCCAUUUUGUUUUGUUUUUCAUAUUUUGUUUCUGUUAGGAGAGAACAUUGAAAUUAUUCUCUAAGCUAUUUGAAGAGAGUGACUAAAUGCACCUGGGUCAGGCUGUCUGUGGGUAUGAAGUGGUUGGGAGAAUCCAAGAACAUGGUGGUGAAUGGCAGGAGAAAUGGAGGCAAGUUGUCUAAUGACCAUCAGCAGAAUCAAUCAAAAUUACAGCACACGGGAAAGGACACCGUGAAGGCUGGCAAAAGCGCAGUGGAGAGGAGGUCGAGCCGAUGCAGUGGCAACUCGGGAUUCGAAGGCCAGAGCCGCUAUGUGCCGUCCUCGGGGAUGUCCGCCAAGGAGCUCUGUGAAAAUGACGACCUCGCCACCAGUUUGGUCCUUGACCCCUAUUUAGGUUUUCAGACACACAAAAUGAAUACUAGCGCCUUUCCUUCGAGGAGCUCAAGGCAUUUUUCAAAAUCUGACAGUUUUCCUCACAACAACCCUGUGAGAUUCCGGCCCAUUAAAGGAAGGCAAGAAGAGCUGAAGGAGGUAAUUGAACGUUUUAAGAAAGAUGAGCACUUGGAGAAAGCCUUCAAAUGUUUGACGUCAGGCGAGUGGGCACGGCACUAUUUUCUCAACAAGAACAAAAUGCAGGAGAAAUUGUUCAAGGAACAUGUGUUCAUUUACUUGCGAAUGUUUGCAACCGACAGUGGAUUUGAAAUACUGCCUUGUAAUCGAUACUCCUCGGAACAAAAUGGAGCCAAAAUAGUUGCAACGAAAGAGUGGAAACGAAAUGACAAAAUAGAAUUACUGGUGGGUUGUAUUGCCGAACUUUCAGAAAUUGAGGAGAACAUGCUACUUAGACAUGGAGAAAACGACUUCAGUGUCAUGUAUUCCACAAGGAAAAACUGUGCUCAGCUCUGGCUUGGUCCUGCUGCGUUUAUAAACCAUGAUUGCAGACCUAACUGUAAGUUUGUGUCAACUGGUCGAGAUACAGCAUGUGUGAAGGCUCUGAGAGAUAUUGAACCUGGAGAAGAAAUUUCUUGUUACUAUGGAGACGGGUUUUUUGGAGAGAACAAUGAGUUCUGCGAGUGCUACACGUGCGAAAGACGGGGAACUGGUGCUUUUAAAUCCAGAGUGGGACUGCCUGCGCCUGCUCCUGUUAUCAAUAGCAAAUAUGGACUCAGAGAAACAGACAAACGUUUAAAUAGGCUUAAAAAGUUAGGUGACAGCAGCAAAAAUUCAGACAGUCAAUCUGUCAGCUCUAACACUGAUGCAGAUACCACUCAGGAAAAAAACAAUGCAACUUCUAGCCGAAAAUCUUCAGUUGGUGUGAAAAAGACCAGCAAGAGCAGAACGUUAACAAGGCAGUCUGUGUCGAGAGUUCCAGCUUCUUCCAGCUCUACCUCAUCUAAGCUCACUCACACGAAUGAUUCCAGGGUACCAAAGAAACCGAAAAAGCCCACAAAGCCUUUACUUUCCAAGGUGAAGUUGAGAAACCACUGCAGGCGGCUGGAGCAGAAGAGUGCUUCGCGAAAACUCGAGAUGGGGAACCUGGUCCUGAAAGAGCCCAAAGUAGUUCUCUACAAAAACUUGCCCAUUAAGAAAGAGAGGGAGCCGGAGGGACCAGGACCGGCCGCAGCGGCUAGUGGGUGCUUGACGAGACAUGCGGCAAGGGAGCACAAACAGAACCCGGGGCGGGGGACCCCGUCGCCCGGGGAGGGCGCCCCCAGCACGUACACGACCAGGCGGUCCGUGCGGACGAGAUUGAAUUUGAAGGAGACCUCGGACAUCAAGCUUGAACCAAAUACGUCGGACGGCUAUGAGAGCAGCCCGGCUGGGCCUUGCCCGGACAGUGGCGAGCAGCUGGCCCCUGUGGCGCAGGAGGGAGAACUGGCGCCUGACGCGCAGAGGGGGGAAGCAAAGUGUCCUCGGAGUGACAGCAUUGCCAAAAAGAAGUCGCGACAAGGGAAACUUGUGAGGCAGUUGGCAAACGCGGAGGACUCCACCCCAGCGCACGAGGCCCCGGGAAGAGCUGGCCCGGUGCCCGACGUGCUGGGGCGCCUCCCGGGCCAGGGCGAGCACAGCGGCUCGGAGGGAGCGCCCGGCGGCUACAUGGAUUGGGCGCCUUCGCCUGUUGACGGCUCGGGGGUGACGUCAGACAGCUUCAGAGCGAAAGACGGCUUCCGAACCGCGAAGAGUAAAAAGAAGAGGCGGAUCACGCGGUACGACGCCCAGCUGAUCCUGGAGAACAGCUCGGGGAUCCCCAAACUGACUCUCCGCCGGCGCCACGACAGCAGCAGCAGGACGCACGACCCGGAGGACGACGGGAUGAGCUCCUCCAAAAUCAGCAUCAAGCUGAGCAAGGACCACGAGAACGACAGCAACCUCUACGUGGCGAAGCUGAACAACGGGUUCACCGCGGGGCCCGGCGGCGGAGCCACGAAGCUGAAGAUCCAGCUGAAGCGGGACGAGGAGGGCCGGGGGCCCUGCCCCGAGGGCCUGCACGAGAACGGGGUGUGCUGCGGCGACCCGCUGUCCCUCCUGGAGUCCAGGGUGCAGGUGGGCGACUACGGCCAGUACGCGGAGCCCAGCACGGACGCCUCGUCCUCGGAGGGGGGCGAGGAGGAGGAGGACUUCGAGGACGACUUCAUCCCCCUGCCCCCCGCCAAGCGGCUGCGGCUCAUCGUCGGCAAGGACUCCAUAGACAUCGACAUCUCCUCCCGGAGGAGGGAGGACCAGUCUCUGAGGCUCAACGCGUGAGCUCGGGCCUCGGCCUGGCCUGGGACGAGCUGUGCGAAGAAGGAAAGAACUCCAGCCUCGUGUCCCCCCAGAACAUUCAGCGGCAGCACUUCUCUCGUUUCUCCACUUAUCAGCGUAACCCGUAGACAGUGUACAGCGUACCGGCUCCUCUGAAGUCCGAUUUGUGCAAGUUUUUAUUGUACUUUUUAAAUAGCUUCUUACGUGCAAUCCCGAGGGAGAGGCGAAGCCCGUCGCGAAGCCCAGGCUCGGGCAGACGGCAGCAACAGCAGCUUUCCACACGGACGUCGGGAGCAGGUGUGGCUGCACAGGCGUUUUUAACUUUAAGAGCAUCGACUGGCUCUUUAAUAUGGGACUAAACCGUAAUUUAAACCAACCACAGUAGCAGCAUAUUCAGAUUUCUAGUACAUGCUAAUAUCACCAGCAGCGGUCUUUGGCUUUUUGGUUUAUUUGCUAGAUGUUCCCCCUCGGAGUUUGGUCAGUGCCACGCUGGUGGCCGGCCGGCGUGCUGCGUGUGGCCCUGGCUCAGCAGCAGACCAUCCGCUGGGAGUCAGGUCGGUUUUUUUAAAAAAAGGCAGCGCCCUGCGCGCCGGCCGGCC